AUGCUAAAGCGCACACCGGGACUUGCCCGUUUUUUCAUUCGCCAUACGUCGUCUCAACAAGAGGCGUUCCUCCAAGAAUACAAGAUUCGAACCUCGCUCGAGAGGCUCAUCUAUCAUUACUCGCGCCAGCCCUUAGCCAAGUUUUCAAUGCUGGGUCUUUAUGAACAAUCGCGCAAACUUAACUCUGUGUUCAUAUUGCAAGUUGCUCGGGACUCGGUCGAGUCGCUUUUGGCCUAUAACGCCCGGCGUAUCCGUCAAUUCCGCAACUUGCCCUAUUUGGUGAUGCUCAAUCCGUCUGUUUCCGAAGUGUAUAACAUGUAUUUGCAGUCAAUGUCGAUCUUGCUCAACGCUUCGCUUAAUCCGCCCACCACCGCCAGCGAAAAUGACCGAUUCAGGCACGAGGUAUUGGCUCGGUUCAUCGACAUCCAUGCCGACACUUUGCCCAUUCUUUCAAAGGGUUUCGGCGAGGUGCUUCAUUUGGUUCUGCCCGAGCAAAUCAAAGCGUUUUUGGACGAGCACUUGCGUGAAAGAAUCAGCAUGAGGCUUAUAGCACACCAGCAUAUUCUGCUCACUGACGCCUUGGCGGGAAGCUUCACCAAAGGCAGUCCGUACAACGGAGUAAUCAAGCAGCUCAACAUGCGUGAUGUCAUUACGAAAAACGCAGAGCUUGUGAACGAUAUCUGUCUCAUGAAGUACGACCAGGCUGUUCCUAUCAAGAUCGACACCAACCUUCGCCCCAGCUUUUGGAACCAACGUGAAAAGAUUGAAGAAAAUGACUCGGACCCUAUCAUUUUCCCGUACAUCGAAUACCAUUUGGACUACAUAUUCCAGGAGUUGUUUAAAAACUCGUUCCGUGCACAUAUCGAGAAUAACGUUUUGGAUCCUGUCCAGGUGACAAUUUCCACAAGCGACUCUCCGCUGUACAUGGAACUCCGUAUUCGGGAUCGGGGCAAGGGCAUUCCUCCCAAAGUUGUGAAACACAUGUUUGAUUACUCGUUUUCGACAUAUGAAUCUGGUGAGGGUGAAAGUUACAAAACCUUGAAUGUUCCUCCCGGAGUGGGUGGAAAUACAGUGGCUGGAAUGGGAUACGGACUUCCGCUUCUGAAGAAUUACAUUGAGGUUUUCAACGAUACUGUGGACCCAGAAGAUUGCAAGGGUCUGUUGAGUGUGCAGUCAUAUUACGGAUGGGGUACAGACGUUUACUUGAAGACUGUGGGCUCAUAA